AUGCCUUCUUGGUUUGGUUUCGGUGGACAACAGGCUUCAGAGCCCACUCCCACUUCUUCCACCGACGUGUCCAGCACAGCAACCACAUCCGACCUUCCUCACUCCUACCCUUCCCAAUCUUCCUCCAUGCAAGCAAUAACCGUUUCCGACAUGCUGGCAGACCUUGGUUCAGCAGGCCCAGACCUUAACAAUGUAAAGCAGAAGCUUGCACCCGUCCCACAAGACGACGUUGAGCUGCUGUACUUGGCGGACAACCCUUUCGGACUUCCGCCGACGGAACGCCAAACAGGAACCUUUGGUCCGCUGCCAAUGAGAACAAACUAUGAUAAACUCUUGUAUGGUGUUGGAACCGCAUAUCUGGGUGGUCUAUCUGGGGGAGGUGUAUACGGUGCCUUGAGAGGUUUGCGUACCGCACAGGUACCAACAUUCAAGGUUAGAAUGAACAGUGUACUCAAUCAGACCACACGUUAUGGUCCAUGGGCGGCAAACUCUAUGGGCAUUCUGACAAUGGGAUGGGCACUACUUGACAACGCCUUUGAGAUGAUAAGAGGAGAAUCUGACUAUAUCAACCAUAUUUCUGCUGCGUUUACGUCUGGAUUCAUCUUCAAGUCGACAGCUGGUCUGCGACCUGCAUUUUUGACAGGUUCCAUACUCGCUAGUGUAGUGGGCUCUUACGGUUUGUGGGAUAAGUUGAGAACGGAUGGCCUGCGUCUGCCAACGGUGGGACGAGGCCAACCCGCAGCAUCUGCGUAG